GGUAAUGCGGAAUUAGCAUAAAUUAAUGUGUUGACAUCUAGGCAACAUGGGGAUACUGAGUUCAGUAUGAAAAGAAAACGGUUGGAUCGUAUGUGAAAAAAGGUCUUCCUUUUAAGAUUAGGACUAUUCAGUGUACCUACGCAAAAUGGUAAAAGCUUAUCCAGCAGGGCAUCUUCAGCCGGAAGCUUUGACAGCAAAGACGAAGAUGGUGUCUUCUCGAGGUGCGUCGUCCGACGACGACGAGGAAGAGCAAACCCUCCACUUCAAGCGUCUGUCGUAUGACGCGCAGCGUCUCCUCGAGGUUGAGGGCGGAUCAUGCUUAGCUGUACAUGACAAGUUUCUUUUAGUAGGCACGCAGGUUGGCAACAUACACAUACUGGACCAUCAAGGUAACCGCACGAAAACUCUAACCACCCAUACGACGCCCGUUAGCCACAUCUCUAUCGAUGAGAAAGGCGAGCAUAUGGCAUCUUGUGCGGAAACUGGUGAUGUCGCCGUGCACGGUACGGCCUCGCAAGAAACUAAUAUUUCAUUUCAAUUUAAUGAGCCAGUAUACUUCUGCGUAUUACACCCACACUUUUCGAGUGAUAGUAAACGUCGAUUUGUUAUCGGUACUGACAAGAUCAUAUAUUACCAGAGGAACUUCUUCAACCACUACAAGACUUCCAUCCUCCACCAGGGUGAAGGCGCUGUACGCACCUGUAGUUGGAAUAGUCGUUUUGCAGCUUUUGCUACAGAUAUAUCGGUAGUUGUAUUCGACAUGACAAAUAUAGCUGUGAUCUGCAAGUUUAAACGUGAUCAGGCGCCAACACGUCAUCCCGAAUUUUACCCCUCUCGACUAGCCUGGAUGGAUGAGCGUCAGCUGCUCGUCGGCUGGGCAGAUCGUAUCUCUUUGUGCAAUAUCAAAGAUAAGAUGAUACGAGCACAGUCGUCUACUUCAAGCUUCUACCUAGAGAUAUCAUCGAUGUUCACUACUGAUGACAUCUUUGUUUGUGGAUUAGCUCCGUUCGGCUCGAAUAUAGCUAUCCUCGGCACGGAAAAAUUGGCCGACGGUUGGGAAAACACGACUCAAAUGCUUUUUCAGCUGCUCGAACCGCACAAUAAGUAUUGUACACAGUUAUCAUCCAACAGGAUACCGUUAAAUAUGACCUCAAAGCUACGCACGAACUUCAUGCUGAACUGUUUGACCAGUGAGCAGAGAUUCUUCAUUCUCAGUAAUUCGGAACUUGUUGUAAUACGGUUUGCGGACAAAGACGAGCACAUUGAUCGUCUCAUAGGAGAAAAGAAAUACGAAGAAGCAAUGCAGGUGAUGGUCAAUUGCAGUGACGAAAUCAAGCGACAUGGACAACUUUCUGUAGGAAAAUCUUACCUUAAUCAUCUGUUGGAAACCGAACGCUAUGCAGAGGUUGGUCCAUUGGCUCAAAGGAUCUUCGGGUCUCAAACCGACCAUUGGGAGGAUCAGGUUUUCUCACUGGCCAACCGUAGACUUUGCUAUACUGUUGCACACUAUAUUCCGUGCCAACGCGACAAAAAGCUGAGUUCGGAGGCGUACGAAAUUAUUUUAAACGAGUACAUACACACGCGACCUAACGAGCUACCGAAUCUGAUCCGUCGAUGGAGAGGACUUUACUCCUUAGAGACAAUUCAGAACGUAAUUGAGGAGCGAUUUAAAUAUUCCCCCGAUGUGUAUCUAGAGGAAGCUAUCGGUCUUCUAAAAACUGACCAGGGUCAAUACGCGGAUGCCCUAGACAUUUUCCUAAAAAUAGGCUUGGGAAAAGAAGCUAUUACCCUCCUACAUAAUAAGUUUGACUUCCUCAAGGAUCGGCUUCUUCAGUGCCUUCUUCCAUUCAUGAAAGUUGAUCACAAAGAGGCCGCAAUGUUCCUAGCCAAGCAUAAUUACUAUUCUGUCAAGCAGGUGAGCGAUCAGCUGCGGCAUCAUAAGGAAUACUUGCUCGAGUACCUCCUUUGCAAAUUCACUAAGGAUCCACAAGCAUUGGACGAAGGGUUCCAUGACUUAUUAAUGGAACACUUUGCAACGGAUGGUGAAUUCGCGUUGCUACAAUUUUUUAGGAAGUCAAACAAGUUCUCGUUGGAGAAGGCCCUCGAAAUUUGUGAGAAGAAUGGACAUCUGCGUGCUACCGCAUACCUUUACGAGCGGAUGGGCUCAUUAAAAAAGGCACUGGCAAUAAUCACCGAAGAGCUGAGGGAUGUGGAACAAGCGAUCGAGUUUUGCAAAGACCAAGACCGGGAAGACCUAUGGACCGUGUUGACCUCCUUCUGCGUAAAGCAACCUGACCUUCUUACAGUCCUUUUAAGUCGUAUCGGAAACUAUAUCGAUCCGACAGGUGUUAUUGAAGCCAUUCCGCCCGGUCUCCAGAUUCCUAAUCUUCGCGAUUCUUUAGUCCGGAUCCUUCAUGACUUCAAGUUACAAAUUGCUUUAAGAGGAAGCUCGAAUAAGAUUUUUGAGAGUAAUCGCUGUACGAUGUUCGAAAGGCUCCACGACGUCCGACGGAAAGGCAUCUCUGUAACUGAGGAUGCUGUCUGCGAAAUAUGCAAUCAUCGGAUCGUAUCUCGGGACAUGUCUCGUAGCGUGAGGACAGCAACCUUCGCUUGCAAACAUACUUAUCACAUGCCCUGUCUCGAAGGUCAAGACGAACUCACCUGUUAUAUUUGCCAGAAGAAAAACAGUGCUGCCAGUGAUUUUUCUGAAUAUUACAACAACUAGUGCGACAAGGAAAAUACAUCUGAUCCUUCAAGAAGAUGCAGAGAAGAAACUGUUAAUAUCAAAAUUUUUGUUAGUAUAACAUAGGACAGACGGCGGACGUGGUACAACAAACAUGGAGUCUAAUGUUAACGAAUUGUUGAAGUUAUAAGCACCGACGUCACUAACAACAUAUAAACUAUACAGAAGCGAUACUGGAGACUUAUUGAUGUAAGCAUAUCGUGUGGCUUAACAGGAAAACUAUUAACAUCAAAGGCUCUGACUAGUAACGUCUUCUUUUUGCUGUCUUUACUCGUUCAGUGGCAGCUUAAAUUAGCCUUGGCCUAGAAUCGUCUUUAUUGAACUGGUAGAGAAUAUGCAACACUGCAAUUUACAAGGCUAUUGGCCAUUCUCUCUUCUGACUCACUCUUAUUCGUUGAAUAAGAGAGAUUCGUAAAUCGUAAGAUUGCAUUAUCCUCACGUGUACAUGGAUAUCAAAAGAUAAACGAAUUUGUGAGACAGAAACAGAAGAAUCGAAACGGUCUACUACCGUUCUCAAAUCUAUAACGGUAGCAGUGCGGUAUCGGCUACGACAGCAAUUGAGUCCAGCGUGUUUUUGUUAUUACCGCUGCUGUUGCCGCUCUAGUAGGAAAUCAUUAUUUCUUUAAUAUAGAAGAUGCCUGGUAGAUCCGUUUCGAAGUACAUCUUCAUGAUCAGUACUCUAAUUAUAAUAAUGUAAAUUAACCAUAUUCGCAAAAUCUAACUCUUUAUAAAAAUUAAUUUUUCGUGUAUGUACAUAUACGGUGCGAAUAUGGUGAAAUGAUUAGUCCGUUUAUAACUUAUCUGAAAAGUUUAAUAUUUGCAUGUAUCGGCAGUAUAAAACUGCAUGUGUGUGUGAAUGGCCCCUGAAAAAGUAUAGUUUCGUGUGUAAAGCCGUUUUUUACAAAUAAAAAUAUUACAUUUAAGAUCUUGUUC